AUGCCCCGCGCAGAGGCCGGCAGCACCAAAGCCAUCGGCAACAAGAUCAAGGCCAAGGGCCUGGGUCGCUUGCGAUGGUACUGCCAAGCUUGUGAAAGACAGAUGCGCGAUGCGAAUGGCUUCAAAUGUCAUAUCACAUCAGAGUCCCACGUUCGCCAAAUGCUGAUCAUCGGAGAGAACCCCAACACCCAUAUUAAACAAUUUUCGGAGGAUUUUAAGAAGAACUUCAUUGACUUACUGAAGACAACCCACGGUACUAAGGAGGUCAACAUUAAUCACUUUUAUCAACAAGUUAUCGCGGACAAGCAACAUAUUCACAUGAACGCUACUCAGUGGAAGAGCCUAACACAGUUCGCCUCAUAUCUUGGCAAGGAAGGAAUUUGCCACGUCAACGAGACCGAGAAGGGGAUAUUCGUCUCAUGGAUCGAUAACAGCCCGGAAACCCUGCGCAAGAGGGAAGCCAUCGCAAAGAAAGAGCGGCAAGAUAAGGGCGACGAGGAACGAGAGCAACGCGCCAUCCAAGAACAAAUCAAGAGGGCGCAAGCGCAGGCCGAUGCCCUUAAAGACAAAAAGGACGAUACGCCAGAGGAAGAUAAGCUGUUGCCAGGAGAUGGCGAAAAGAUGAAAUUAAAGUUGGAAUUCGCUCCGAAGCCAAAGGAAGAUUCGCAACCCGACCCGGCCGAUUCGACUACUGAUUCUGCUGCACAGGCCCCCGCUAAAUUCUCCAUGUCUCUUGGUGCUCAGAAGCCAAAAAACGUUUUCUCUGCGGCUGCCAAGAAGAAUCCCUUAGCCGGCAAGAAGGGGCCUGUUAUGCCUGUCCAGAAGAAGAUGACUGAGCAGGAGCGGAUCAUGAAGGCGGAAAUGGAGGCUAUGGAGCGGAAGCGUUCUCGUCCUGGUCCGGCUCCUGCUCCUAAGCGAACGAAGAUUGCUUGA